CCCACGUUUAAGGAAUUAAAGCGAAGCGACCGACUCUCGACAUGACCAAGGCAGAGGGAGUCAAAAGAAAGUUAAAGCCUGUGAUAGAGAAGAAGAGAAGAGACAGAAUCAACUAUAACCUGGACGCGUUAAGAGAUCUGCUUUUCAAGAACACCGCAGACACGCGUUUGCAAAAUCCCAAACUGGAAAAAGCGGAGAUUUUAGAUCUUGCAGUUCAGUACAUAAAACAGGCCACGAGAAAAAGCGAGACAAAGGUGACUUCUAAUCAAAUGGAUCCUAAGGCCACGCGGAAGCAGUCUGUUUCUACAGACCCCAUCUUCCCCAGUGACUUCUACGUGCCAGACUUCUGUGGGAGGUUCAGAUCAUCUGAAGAGAGGGAGGUUCUUCUGAAACUCAGGGUCAGUCACAACGGCCUAACUGGUGCAUCCAAAGCAGAAAACGAAGCAGCUGCACGGACGUGCUUCCUUCUAUCACCAUCAGGCCAGAGCUACGAGCAGAAACUUCUCUUAAACCCUGAAUCAUCUUUGGAUGGCUCUAAACUUCUGCAUCAGUGGCCUUCUCCUCCCAGUUCUUCAUCAUCACAAUGUAGCUCCCCUCCAUCAUCUCCCACUUUUACCAGCCUGUCCUCUUCUCCCAGUAACUCCCCUCCAUAUGUAUUCAUGCCUUGUUCUCUACCCGUUCUUUCUGAUUCGCUGUCACCUCUCUCAACACCACUUCCGCUCCAUAGGCCUGUCAUUGUUCCUCAGCCUGUUCUGCCCAACAUGGCUAGAGAUUUUACCCCACCGCAGUCUCCAGUACUGGCUCUUCGACCGGAACCCUUUUCUCUUCCAACCCAGUUAGUGUGGAGACCAUGGAGUUGAACUCCUACAACGGAGGGCUUUCCCCUUUCACCUUGGCACUGCUCUGAAGGAAAAAUGACCUCAAGGACCUCAUGGGACUCAUGGCGUGACAUGAGCACAGGGUUAUCGCUUGUGUUUGCCUCUAGUUACUAUUAGCCUACUUUUGUCAUCUUUUUGAUGACGUAUAUAUUUUUUAACUGGACUAUUUAUUGUUUUGACUGAUGUCUUCA